CUCUCUCUCUCUAUACACACACAUCACACACGCACGCAAUUCUAUAUUUUUCUUUAGAUUGUCUAAAACACUGUGUGUGUUAGGUUUAACGUUAUGGGAUGAAUUUAGUUUGGGUCAAAGGAACAUCUUUGAUCAGAUCUACAAGUUUUUCUUUCUAAUGAAAAGUGGGCCUCUAACUCAUUUUGUCAUUGAUUGCAUAUUUGUACCAGUUUUGGAUAAUUAAAACUUGCACUAAUCCCAUGAUCAUCAUACUUACAUUCAGCAAAAAAUUAUCACUUGUAAUAUAUAUUUCUUUUUCUACGACGCAUUAAUACAUUCUUCUAGACUAUUUUACCAACUGUAGACCUCGAAAGCAUGCGUGUUCCAUUAAGUUUCCUUAUCACAAAAUAGGAUCUCUCGCCACAAUGAACACUUGUUCAGCCAUUUCAUGAGUUUACAAUGGAGAUGACAUAAUGGGUUUAUCACGUGCUUUUAAUUUCACUGCAUGUCGGCCUGUGUUCGUGCACCUUAUUGCUGUAAUAACAAGAUAAGAAUGAAAUGCUAUGUCAGGUGUCUUCUUCUUCUCUUUAUUUUUUCCAUUAACACAGCAGAAAAAAGGGGUAAAAAAGAAAGCUAACUUUGUUUUCUCUCUUUUAAGCUUCUAUUACUUUAAUCUAUUAUGAUUAUAUACGAAAAGUGUAUUAAUAUGCGAUUAAAUACAUGGUAUUUCAACAUGUUAUUCUCCUCUUACCAAAACUAUAUAUCCACAUUCUCCUACAAUGAAUGUCCGAGUUACACUCCUUUCGGCCUUGUGAAAAAGGGACUUAUCAAAUAUAACAUAUCAUCAUAUUUCCUUUAAAAGGAUUUAGGGGAAACAGAAGGACAGUUGAAUAUGCAUAAUAUAAUGAUACUAACAUGAUUUUGUUUACUUGUCUUCAUUAUGUUAUUGUCUUAUUGGCCUCCAUAAAACAUUCAUUGUAGUUUUAUCUAAUACAAAACAAUGAUAAUGUAGGCCAUUGAAUCUGCAAGGAACGUGCAUUUCAAUUUAAACUGCAUAAAAUGGUAAUGAAAAUAAUCGAAAUCAGACUUAUCUUAACCGUUCUUGCUUCUAUGAAUUGAUUUUUGUUUUGUUUUCUUUUCUUUUUUAGAUUUCUUCAUUUAGUCGAAUAUAUGUAGAAUCUAAAGAGUUAUAAAAUGAAAUUUACAGAUUAGUUUACAGAUUAUAUGAUGAUUUAUUCAUAUACUUUCAUCAUGUCUUGCAGAGUAAGAACAACAGAAAAUGGAAAAUUCACUUAUUUUCUUACUUGGUGUAACAUGUGCAUUGAUAUUUUGUAGUUAGAGUUAUAUUGUUGAGCCAGUUGUAGUUUAUCCUUUACCAAUUGCUUUGGGAAUCAAAAUACGAAAGUAAUUAAAUACGUAAAAAUAUGAGUACGUAGACUCUCAAAAGAGCUAGGUUUUGCCCGCAUUGAGAUGGUCUGUUAUAAUUGUGCAACAACCAUGGAACAAGUUCUCUCUUCUCUCUUUUGAUAAAACCAUGUCCCAAGUUGAAUGGGCAAGUACUAGUUAAGCCAUGAAUUUUGCUAGGUCUUAAAAUCUUAGUAGCUAAGUGUACAUUUCAAUCAAUUCUUUGAUCGAUCCGUGCUCAUCUGUUCUCUGAUUGUGGUUAAUGGAAAAUUAUGUUAAUUUAUCAUGUGAUCAAAGUUUAGUGUGGUGAUGGGUUUGCAGGGGAAAAUGAAUGCAUUUUCACAAGUUCCUCCAGGCUUUCGCUUCCAUCCCACUGAUGAAGAACUUGUGGCCUAUUACCUGAGGAAGAAAAUUACAUCAAGAAGGAUUGACCUAGAUGUAAUUAAAGAUGUUGAUCUCUAUAAAAUUGAGCCAUGGGAUCUUCAAGAGCUAUGCAGAAUAGGGACAGAAGAGCAAAAUGAAUGGUAUUUCUUUAGUCAUAAGGAUAAGAAGUAUCCAACUGGAACUCGCACAAAUAGAGCCACUGCAGCUGGGUUUUGGAAAGCAACCGGUAGAGACAAGGCUAUUUACUCUAAGCAUGACUUGAUUGGCAUGAGGAAGACCUUAGUGUUUUAUAAAGGUCGAGCCCCAAAUGGACAAAAGUCAGACUGGAUCAUGCAUGAGUAUCGCCUUGAAACAGACGAAAACGGGACUCCACAGGAAGAAGGAUGGGUUGUGUGUAGGGUAUUCAAGAAGAGAAUACCAGCUAUUAACAAAGUCAGUGAGUAUGAGUCUCCCUGUUGGUACGAUGACCAAGUCACUUUCAAUCCAGAUCUUGCUUCACCAAUGCAAAAUAUGGCUUACCACCACCUUCCCUAUUCCUGCAAGAAAGAGCUUGAUUUGCAGUACCAAGCCCCAAAUGAGCAUUACCUCCAGCUACCACUUCUAGACAGCCCAAAACUACUCCACCCACCCGUCGAAGCAUUUGGGCUAGACAUCAACAAUGCAAGCACUCUACAGGAAACUCAUGAGCAACACUUGCAGACACUCUAUGCUAACACCAAUAAUGAGCAUGCGGCGGAUCAAGUCACCGAUUGGCGCAUCCUCGACAAGUUUGUGGCUUCUCAACUCAGUCGAGAAGAAGUUGCCAAGCAAAAUAACUAUUCAAGUGCUUCAGCUAAGAAUGUCUUCCACUCGUCGCAGCACGCAAAUUUGCUCAUCAGACAUUUAAACAAACAAGAAAUGGUACCGGAAAAUGCAUCAACAUCCAAUCGUCACACUGAUCUGUGGAAGUGACUGGUCCUUUAAUUAUUUGACAGUAUAUAUUACUAAUCAUAGCAUAUAUUUCAGUUUCAAAGGGAAAAAAGAAAGAAGGGAAGGGAAGUUAUUAUUUAAUUUUCUGUACAUAUCAAAACUAUAUAACAAUUGCUAGCUCUUCCCUUCCCUGGUAGUAUUAAAUUAAUAACAUGAUUAGUCAGGGGGAAAAAAGUUGUUUCCAUCAAGAAGAAAAAUUGGUAUAGGUAGCAAAGGAGUAUUACAGUGAGGAACUGAGUUGUUUAAUUAUGGCCUAUGGAUUAAGUAUAUAACAGCCCCAGACACAUAUAUUAUUGUUUAUUGAUCGACCCGACAGGUGAUAAGAUAUUUAUACUUGUCAGUAAAUAGUAGCGUUAAUCAGAAAAACUUUCCUUUGCCUCUUUCUUUCA